AUGAUUAAGCUUAACCCUUUGUUCAUGAAGUACUGGUUGAGAGAAAUUGAAGGAAAACAAGCUCAUGAUCCCAUAUUCAUGGAGAAGAUGAAGUCUUUGUCGUCUCGUUGUUUAUACGUUCCGGGGCCGGUUAUCGUCGGCGCGGGGCCUUCGGGUCUAGCGACGGCGGCUUGCCUGAAAGAGAAAGGAGUCCCGAGUCUAAUCCUAGAGAGAUCCAACUGCAUAGCAUCUUUGUGGCAACUCAAGACAUACGAUCGUCUUCGUCUUCACUUGCCGAAGCAAUUCUGCGAGCUUCCAUUGAUGGGGUUCCCCACUGAUUUCCCUACGUACCCCAGUAAGCAACAAUUCGUGGACUACUUGGAAGCCUACGCUAGGAAAUUCGAUAUCGAGCCAAAGUUCAAUGAGACGGUUUCGCAGGCGGAGUACGACGGAACGCUGGGGUUCUGGCGGGUGAGAAGCAUUGGGGUUAAAGGGGAGGCGAUGGAAUACGUGUGUCGGUGGCUGGUGGUGGCGACAGGGGAGAAUGCGGAGGCGUUGAUGCCGGAGGUGGAAGGAAUGGGGAAAUUCGGAGGGGAAAUAAGGCAUACGAGUUCGUACAAAAGUGGAGAAGAGUUUAGAGGGAAAAGGGUUUUGGUGGUGGGGUGUGGGAACUCAGGCAUGGAGGUAUGCUUGGAUCUUUGCAAUCAUAAUGCAAAGCCUUCACUUGUGGUCAGAGAUUCUGUUCAUGUCCUCCCACAAGAGAUGCUAGGGAUAUCUACUUUCGGGUUGUCCAUGUGGCUGCUCAAAUGGAUGCCGUUGCGGCUGGUCGACCUCUUCUUGCUGAUAGUGUCUCGGUUGAUUCUUGGCGACACUGCUCGUCUCGGAUUGGCCCGGCCGAAGUUGGGUCCCCUUGAACUCAAGAAUCUGUCGGGGAAAACACCAGUUUUGGAUGUUGGGACGCUUGCUAAAAUCAAAAGUGGAGACAUUGAGGUACGUCCAAGCAUAAAGAGCCUAAAACGACAUGCUGUGGAGUUUUCCAAUGGCAAAACUGAGAACUUCGAUGCAAUCAUAUUAGCAACUGGUUAUAAAAGCAAUGUACCCUCUUGGCUAAAGGAAAAAGAGAUGUUCUCGGAGAAAGAUGGGUACCCUCGAAGGCCAUUCCCUAAUGGGUGGAAAGGUGAAUGUGGGCUAUACGCCGUGGGGUUCACUAAACGUGGAUUGUUAGGCACAUCAAUGGAUGCCAUGAAGAUUGCACAAGACAUUCAAUGCUGUUGGAAUGAAGAGGCAAUGCAUCUUUUGCACCAAUCUUCACCACUAUGAUCUCUUCUUUUUUGGAGUUGUUUCGAGAUAAGAGAUAAACGGAUGCAUAGUACAUGUGGGGCAGCCGUGGAUUUCGAUAUUGAACACGUAUCCACGCCCGAAACUUGUUGGGAAGAUGCCUUCUAAUUCGAUCGAUUAUAAGAAGUAAAGGGUUGAAAAUAGAGGGGGUUUGAUGAAAGGGAGAGAGUUGUCUCGGUGAACCCUUUAGCUUGAUUUUGAAGAUGACACCAGAUAAGCCAGCUACCUGGUCAUGUUGAUUGAGAGAGACAAAGGGUUGGUGCUAUUUUGGUUUGUGGGGGGAGACCUUAGUUAUUGUACAUUACUAAUACUAUUUCAUU